UAGCUCCACCGGCGGCCUUCUGUCUUAUCUCCUCCGAUCUCUGAUGCCGUAUCGUCUCAACUUUCAGUCGAUCAAUCGAAUCGUCAGGAGCAACCGUUUGGAGGCCAGAGGAGAAGGAGGAGAUGGCCAGGAAGAAGAUUCGCGAGUACGAUUCGAAGCGCCUGCUCAAGCAUCACCUCAAGCGCCUCGCCAACAUCGACCUCCAAAUCUGCUCCGCCCAGGUUACGCAAUCGACGGACUUCGCUGAAUUGGUGAACAAGGAACCAUGGAUCUCUUCCAUGAAAUUGGUGGUGAAACCCGACAUGUUGUUCGGAAAGCGUGGGAAGAGCGGCUUGGUUGCCCUCAACUUGGACUUGGCCGAGAUUGCUGAGUUUGUCAAGACGCGCCUUGGAUCGGAGGUUGAAAUGGAAGGGUGCAGGGCACCAAUCACUACAUUCAUAGUCGAGCCAUUCAUCCCCCAUGAGCAAGAGUACUACCUUUCCAUUGUAUCUGAGAUGCUUGGUUGCACCAUUAGCUUCUCAGAGUGUGGAGGAAUUGAAAUUGAGGACAACUGGGACAAAGUUAAGACCAUCUUCCUUCCUACUGAGAAGUCCAUGACAACCGAGGCAUGUGCUCCAUUGAUUGCAACUCUCCCUCUUGAGGUUCGGGGGAAAAUAGGAGACUUCAUUAAAGGAGUGUUUGCUGUAUUCCAAGACUUGGAUUUCAGUUUUAUUGAAAUGAACCCGUUCACUUUAGUGAAUGGAGAACCAUAUCCACUGGAUAUGCGAGGGGAACUGGAUGACACAGCUGCUUUUAAGAAUUUCAACAAAUGGGGGGACAUUGAAUUUCCACUCCCUUUUGGAAGAGUCUUAAAUCCUGCUGAAAGCUAUAUCCAUCGACUCGAUGAAAAGACUAGUGCCUCAUUAAAGUUCACCAUUCUAAAUCCCAAAGGACGCAUAUGGACCAUGGUGGCUGGCGGCGGUGCAAGCGUCAUAUACGCUGAUACAGUUGGGGAUUUGGGUUAUGCAUCAGAACUAGGAAAUUAUGCAGAAUACAGUGGUGCUCCAAAUGAGGAGGAGGUCCUGCAAUAUGCCCGAGUUGUUGUUGAUUGUGCAACCGCAGAUCCUGAUGGCCGCAAGAGAGCCCUUAUUAUCGGUGGGGGUAUCGCUAACUUCACUGAUGUUGCAGCUACAUUUAACGGCAUUAUCCGAGCUUUGAGAGAGAAGCAAGCAAAGCUAAAGGCUGCAAGGAUGCACAUCUUUGUGAGACGAGGCGGUCCCAAUUAUCAGAUUGGCCUUGCAAAAAUGCGGGCUCUCAGUGAGGAACUUGGGGUACCACUCGAGGUAUAUGGGCCAGAGGCAACAAUGACAGGGAUUUGCAAGCAAGCUAUUGACUGCAUCAUGUCGGCCGAUGUAAACAAAAGGUUGUCGAUGCAACGAUACCUGAACGGCCAUGCCGAACUCUAUCCUAAUAAAAAGGGUAAACAUUCUUAUGCUGAAAGCCCAUAAAGGACCCUUUGGUAUGCCAAUAACAUAUGUAACCUAUCUAGAAAGCCUUUUGUAGGCACACUUUGCAGAUCAAUCAAUUGUUUGUGACUUGGACUAGAUGAAAUGUUAUGCAUGCUGUAGAUCUUAUUGAACUUUCGUGU